CAACGUUGGAAACAUACCACCUACGCUUUCGUGUUGACAGCGAAGCGACGAGCCAGACUACACUCUUUUUCACGAGGAGGCCCCGGCGGUCCCUCGACCUUGUUUGUAUAUACCUCUCAACCCCUCGUAGCAUAGUUCCAGGAUGGUCGCUGGACGACCAACAGAGGGCUGGAGUCUGUACAGUAACGAUCUCCUUGACCAGCCUAAGAUCCCAAUAUCGUCAACACCACCACCACCAAGAGGACGAGCAGGAGGGUCAGAGUCGAUGGGUUCACCUCACAGCAGCGAGGAGGACGAUGUGUUCUACCCGGACGGACUAGACACACUCCCUUUCGAAUCGCACGACGGGAAAGGAUCCAAUCCACGGCGGCACCGGAUGUCCGUCUCAUCAACAAGCUCGGCAACCAGCCACGACGGCCUGCUCACCUCCUCCCAAACGUACGUCGCAUCCAGCCCAACCGUCAAAAGCGAAGGUCGACGACCGUCCGACCGAUCACACAUCAAACUAUCCCGACCCGGCCAGCCGCAACGAACAGUAUUCGGCACAAUAUGCAAGUUCGCCACAUUCAUGUUCCCAACACCCAUCCUCAAACUCAUCGGUCUGACCACGUCUCAGGACCGCCAAGCAUGGCGCGAAAAAAUCGUCAUCGCAACUCUCAUCCUCCUCGCAUCCGGUGUUUUCCUCUUCGUCGUCGAUUACCUCCCCUGGAUCACCUCCCCGCACCUGCAGGACUUUUCCGUCUCCCAACUGGCCUCAACAUCCUACGUCGGCGUCGUCGGCCGCGUAAUGGAUUUCCCCGACGACUCCCCCUACGCACCCGCGGCAAUAUACAAGGGCAACGACGUGUCCUCCAUGUUCCCCACCUUCAGUCUAUUGGGCGUCGACGCGGACAUUGCGGCGGUCGUGAACGAUUCAAAGACGAUUGUGAAUUGGGUGAAUACGAGGAUAUCGAUGCAGACGGGGUAUGUGGUGGAUUUCGAGAGGGGGGUGUUGCAGGAUUGUCCGACGCCGGUGAAGACUUCCGCGCCGUGUUUUACGGAUUUUACGAAGUUGGAUGAGUAUGCUGUUGGAUACAUCCUGCACGAUCCAGAGACCGUCAAACUCUCCCAAACAAACCGCACAACAGCGCUGAUCAUAAUUGACUCCUACGUCUACGACGUGACAUGGUACCUGCGUAUCGCAACCUCCAUCCCAGCAGACGCGAGCACCGAGUCCGUCAACAUCACCAUCAAAGAAUCCGCCGCCUUCCUCCCCCUCGACUUCACCCAAGUCCUCCUCACAAACAUCGGCCGCGACGCCAGCGCAGACAUGAAACUCCUCCCCGACCGCAAACGCUACAUGAAAGCCCUCAACAAGCUCUUCUUCGCAGGGAUCCUCACCGACGCCGUGCCCCCGACCAUCUCCCGCCAUAACCGCGUGCUUAUCCUCGGCGGCGGCGUCAUCUACGUGCUCUACAUCAUCAAGAAUUUCAUGACCCUCUCCCGCGGCUUCACCUCCAUCGCCAAAGCCCAAAAGGGGCCGCUGAACAUGGUCUUGAUCCCCAUCUACAACGAGGAAUCCGUCACUAUCCAACGAUCCAUCGAGUCGGUUGCAAACAGCGAGUACGACGAAGGGAAUAAAGUCUUGUUUGUUGUGGUGGACGGAUCAACAAUGCAACCGGGAUCCCACCGCGACACCGCCUCCGCCGUCGCGGGGAUCCUCGGCUACGACGCCGCCCAUUUCUCCGAAUUCACAUACGCGUCCACGGGGAAAGGGUCGCGGUGCUCUAACCUCGCCCGCGUGUAUGGGGGCUAUUUCACGCCUGCGGAGGGUGCGCAGAUCCCGUAUGUCGUGAUUGUCAAGACCGGGUUGAAGAGCGAGACGCAGCAGCCGGGGACGAGGGGUAAAAGGGACUCGUUGUUGAUUUUGAUGCGGUUUUUGAGGGCGGCGCGGUUUGAGAGUGCGGUCCCUCCGACCAGUUUGGAACGGGAGAUUUAUCUGAAAUUGGCGACGCUUUUGGAGAGGGACACACUGCCGUUUGAGUAUCUUACGGUGGUCGAUGGGGAUACCUACGUCUCUAAACACGCGUUGAAGAUACUGGCGGGUAAACUGACUCACGACCCGACACUCAUGGGCGUGCAUGGCGGUAUCCGCCCUGCCCACACCCGCACCUCCUUCGCCACCCUCGUGCAGCAGUACCCCUGGUUCCACCUCCACCACCUCGCCCCCGCCCUCGACUCUGCAACCGGCUGCGUCGGCCGCGCGUGGUCAGGCGGGUUCGCGACUUACCGCGUUGUGUUCCCCUCGGGCAGACCCUGCCUCGUCGACGACGCCGUGAUCAAACGAUUUGCCCGGGUUCCGGAAACAAUGCACGCCCGGAACGCCAUCGCGGUGGGUGAAGACAAGGUGUUGGCAGACAUCCUCCUCCGCGUGCACCCCGCCCGCAAAACCAAACUCGACUACUGCUCCACCGCCAUCGCCUACUCCGAGGUGCCCGCAACCUUCCGCGCCCUCUUCGGCCAGCAACUCCGCUCGUUUGCGUGCCGGUUCCAUCUGCUCUCCGGCAUGGCACUAACGCACCCCCGGUGGAGUAUCAGGUUACGUGCCGCGAGCGAGGUGGUGGCAAUGACACUCGCGCCCGUCGCCACUGCGUUCAUGUACUACAUGUUCGCCCGGCUCGUGUACUACAUGAUCAUCAAGCACUGUCCCUCGGUAUCGCUCGCCUUUGCGGACGCCAUCGUGCUCGCUGCGCUCGUUAAACUCUUCCUCCUGCAAGCGGUGCUGUUCAUCGCCACCUUGGAUUUCAAGAGUUUGGUGCCGCUGGUGGUGCACAUGGCGGUCGGGAUGCCGUUGUUCCAGAUCGUGGUGCCCGUGUGUGCGUUGUGGAGUAUGGAUCGGGUGAAGUGGAGCGAUACGUGUUUGGAGGGGAGCGAGAGGGUUUUCAGGGAGUGUGGGAGUGAGGAGCAGGAGGGGGGUGAGAAGAGGGAGAUGAUGCAGGUUGCAGAGCGUCGCACUUCAGGCCCGGCAUCGGCGGGGAUGUUACCUUUCUUUGAGUUCCAGCCGCCGUCCCCGGCAGCCCUCAAGGAUGAUUUCAACAGCAGCACCCCGGGGGGGUCACCGCUGACCGCCGAAUACGAUAUCUGGAACGACACCACCGGCGGCUCCCCACACCCCAUCCAAACCUCCCCCCGCUCCCUCGCCGCCGCCGCACAGAUGAUGAACAGCGCCCUACCCCCGCGCUUCCAGCCACCACCCAAACAUAUCUCCCACGGCCUCAACUCCGCCUCCACAGUCCGGUCAACCCUCCCCCUCCUCCCCCUCCCCACCUCCGGGACCCCCUCACAAAACCUCGACCGGCAAAACUCAACCCUCACCCGCCGCCCCUCCCUCCGCAAGAUGCUCGCCCUCGCCCGAUCCCACUCCGACCUCGCAAACACCACGAACACCACCUCUAUCGCGGACCUCCAGAACCUCGCCCGCUCAAACACCACCCACUCCACCGCAACCACCCUCACCCACCCCUUCCCCGCCUCCCGCUCCGAGAAAACCCACUCCGGCCCCCGCAUCGUCUCGGGCUCCUCCGCCCGCACCACCUCCGUCCUCGGCUCCUCCUCCACCCCCUCCCACGCCUCCACCUCCUUCCCCCCCACCACCACCAACAUCUACGACGUCCGCCCGGCGAUCAAGGACGAGAUCCACGGCUUCCUGGCCAACAGCGACCUGCACGUCGUCACCAUGGACAGCGUGCGGGAGUACAUGGUCGCCCGCGUCGGCGCACGGCUCGUCAGUGAUUUCUGGGACGUCGUCGAGGAGGGCGUCGAGGAGUUUAUGGCCGCGUGUGAGUGGGCGUAGGAUGUGGACGGGUGCACACACCACGGUGCGGUUUGGCGUUUCGUAGACGAGGUGAGCGCCGCCCGGGUGUCGUUGACUGCAGGCUGGCAUACAUGCAAAAUGUCACAUAUAGAUUUUGAUUCCAUCGUACGAAAAGAAAUAUAGACUUAUAGUACAUACAUUCCCGCGGACGAAAAAGCGUACCCUCGUUUUUUUUCCGACAGGUCGUCGUUGUGCGAACGCCCCAGCGUAUCCGAGUCCAAGUCCCGCCAUCAGAA